AUGCUGCGCCGCUCGCUGCUUCGUUGUCAGGUGAACCGUGCUCCAGCUCGACCAGGUCCCACGCUGUACGGCUGGGGCCGCACGGAGCAGAAGCGCCGCCUUGAGUACGAAGCGACGGAGUCCAAGUAUCACAAACGCGAUUUCAACAAGUGUUGGGAUGUCGCCGGUGUCGAGCAGCGCUACUCAGACUUCAUGCAGGUUCGUACCUACUUCUCCAUCGGCUCUCGCUGGGGCACCUGGCUGUACAACAUGAUCCAGUUCUACGUGCUGUCCAUGCUCCCCAUCUUUGCCUUUAUGCACUUCCUCCAUAAGGGCAUCGAGGCCUACGAUGACAGCAUUCGCAGGGCAGCCUGGUGGUAA